CUUCUCCUUCUUGCUUCCUUUCAAGUUUCUUGGAGGAGGCAAGUUGUUAAACUUUCUGCGUUUUUCUCUUUUCUCGCAUCUCCUGCAAUUUUCAUUCUCUUGUAACUAGAAAUGGCAGCCUCCAGAUGGUUGAAGCCCGAGGUUUACCCUCUCUUUGCUUCAGUCAGUGUGGCUGUUGGGAUCUGCGGUAUGCAACUCGUUAGGAACAUCACUACCAAUCCUGAAGUCAGGGUACUAAAAGAGAAUAGAGCAGCAGGAGUGCUUGAGAACUUCGCAGAGGGUGAGAAGUAUAAGGAACAUGGACUGAGGAGGUUUCUGCGCAACAAGCGCCCUGAGAUUAUGCCAUCUGUCAACGAUUUCUUCUCUAAACCCAACUAACUCACACUGUCCAAUUAUUUUCAUAUUCAUUGGCUUGAAUUGAUUCCCGGGAAUUGGUUUUACGUUUUGGGUUUUGUGUUGAGAGAGGUUUAGGUACGCUUCAAUCUCAUUUUUCAUAUCACUAGUUGUAAUUUGUUGAUGGAUGAGGCUUGUCCAUGUCGUUCAAUAAAUAAUAAAGUUUCUUA